AUGGGUUUCAGGUAUCAGCCAGCAACAACUCUUCACGUCAUUAUUUUCCUACAGAUAAUUCAUACGGUCACAGGCCAGUAUAAAAUUAUUCCUCCUGACAAGCCUGUCAUUGGAGUCGUUGGAAAAGGAGUCAUCCUGCCCUGCCAGCUGAAAGUUAGGAUAAUCCCUGAGAGACUUUCUGUUCAGUGGAUAUUUACUGGAAACUCCAAAAAAAUUGAUGUGACCACUUAUGAUGGAAAAAACACAUACAAUCCAGUUCAUGAGGACGAGACAUACCAGGGCAGGACAAAUUUUUUUCAGUCUGAAUUUAAUAAGGGAAACUUGUCUCUUCACCUGAAAAAUGUCGUGCUCUCGGACAAAGGGAAAUACAUCUGCAGUGUCUUUUUUGAGAACUGGUAUGAUGAAGUGGUGGUUGACUUGUGUGUGGCAGCUAAAGGUGAUGAGUCUUCAGUUUUCCUGGAUGGUCACAUGGGUCAGGGCAUCAGCCUCACCUGCAAGUCACAGGGAUGGUUUCCAGAGCCCAGAGUGGUCUGGCUGAACAGCAAAGGACACACACGGAAGGAGGAAGUGACCACCCAAAGCACAGAGACUUCUUCAGGGGUUUUUGAUGUUGUAAGUUCCAUGAAUCUUGAACCUGGAUCUGACAAUGAAGUCACGUGCAGAGUAGUCAAUAAUCUACUCAAUACAACGUCUGAAUCCCAAGUCCUGAUUUCAGAUGUCUUCUUUCCUUCUACUUCUCCCUGGAUGGUGGCCUUCCUUGUGAUUUUAUUUCUUAAUAUAGCUGUUGUUGCUGCUAUAGGUUAUAAACUAAACAGUAAGUAUAUUCCACCCAUGACAGUUGAUGUGGAAGUUUUCAUCUACAAUGUAGUUGUACACAAUCCCGUAAAGCAG